AUGUUACCUACUGGUGGAAAGGAAAAAGACGAUGACAAUGUCCUUUUUUUUAAAUAUGAAGACAUUGUAAAGGACUUAGAAGGAACAGUUAAAAUGGUAUGUACUUUUAUGGAGAAAACACUGACAUUGGAAAACCUUCGAGGAAUAGCCGAAAAUUGCACGUUUGAGGCAAUGAAAAAGCAAAAGGUGCGGGAUUAUGUUUGUGAAUUUCAUAAAAUAGACCCACCUCUAUCACUAUUCGUCAGAAAAGGUACAGCGUUGGUGAGUGAGAUUGUCUGGGGUAUAUUGUCAUGCAGCGGUGUUAUUGAUACGGAAGAACCUCUGGAUAAAUGUUUAUAUCCCGAAAUGCAAGUACGGUUGUCCAAACCAAAUUACGAAGUUCUAGCCGACAUGUCCUCACCGCGUAUCAUCGGAACCCACCUACCUCCCUCGUUUCUACCGCCACAACUGUUCGUUGUACGACCAAAGAUUGUCUACGUCGCCAGAAACCCAAAGGAUCUUGCUGUGUCUUUCCAUCACCAUUUAUCUGUUAUACCGAGUAAUCAAACUUAUACAACAUUCAAACAUUUCAUCGAUGACUUUAUGAGUGGGAAAGUCAUACUAGGAGAUUGGCCAACCCAGGUUACCUACUGGUGGAAGAAAAAAGACGAUGACAAUGUUCUUUAUUUAAAAUAUGAAGACAUAGUAAAGGACCUAGAAGAAACAGUUAAAAUGAUAUGUACUUUUAUGGGAAAUACACUGACAUUGGAAAACAUUCGAGGAAUAGCCGAAAACUGCACAUUUGAGGCGAUGAAAAAGCGAAAAGUGCGAGAUCAUAUUUGUGAAUUUUAUAAAAUAGACCCACAUCUAUCACCAUUCGUCAGAAAAGGAAAAGUUGGUUGCUGGAAACAACAUUUUACUGUUUCCCAAAACGACGAAUUUGAUAAAUGGUAUAAAAAAGCGGUCCAAGGCACUGGAUUAUCAUUCGACUUUCUUACAAAUACUAGUCAAAAUGUUUAA